CGUUCAGCGACGUCAGUUAGAGGACCCCUGAUCAGUGUGACACAUGUGACCUACUUUUGCGAGGACUCUACACCCCAACACCGAUGCACCAACCAGGAUAUCACGUUGUUGGUUUUCCAGUUGUAUAUUUUUUUAUUUUUCUUCACACGGUAUCUUUAACGCAAAACACAAAACAAAAGAAACGUGUCCAGGUUGUAAAAGACGCGGUGUCUUGUCGGGCGUCCCUGUUUGAACGCUCAACGAUUUUGACAGUGUUGUGUUGUUGGUGAGACUGACGGAUUCUCACGACUGUUUGUCGUCGGCUCGGGGGACUGUUGUUAAUCUGUUGAGCCGUUCAAGUAACAGCAGGUAGGUUAAACUUUGUGUAACACAGUGUUGUUGAGCCUCGUGUUAAAUAAUUUAGUUCCGUAGUUCAAUUUUGGGUGUUAAUUUCAUUAAGUCUGAUGUAAUUCUUGUGAGUAGUUUAAUGCAUUAUAAUGCUAAAAUUGAUGUUCAUAUGAGAGUGUGAAAUGCCAUGUUACAUACUAUAUUGUGAACUUCUAUAUUUAUAAUUAAAGUUUAGGUUGUUAUUAGGCUGUUCGUUUUUUUUUUUAAAGUUCAUGUCAUGCAAUGAGUAGAGUGGGACAGCGUUUAACUUGAUGUCAUUAGUCUUAAAUUUGACAUCAUGCACUUGAAUGUUGAAGUUGAUGGUAUGUCCUCCAUCAGUGUUCAAGUUUUGAUGUUAACAAGGUAUUCGAUUUGAUGCCAUGAAAUGUUAGAGAUUGCUAAGAAGAAUGUCUUCUUCUUCUUCGUCUAUAUAUUAAGGGCCCACGAUUAAUUUAUUGAUCAUUUUGGCUCCUAUGCAUGUAGGGGGGAUUUGCAAUGUUUCUGUGCCUGGUGAUUAUGAGGAUAUUUCACUGAUUGCAAUUGCUUCUUUGUGAGGGAAUCAUGCACUGGGGGUUGGAAGGCUUGAGGCAAUAGACUCAAAUGUGUCUAAUGUUUUCGCCUCAACUGUUCCCUUUGAAAGCUUGUUCCAGUCCCUGAUUGUCUUGGGCAGGAAUGAGCAGCUCCUCUACUGGGUUCUUGUUGGUAUGAAUCGGAAUUGCCUGUCAUGGCCUCGUCGCUGUCUAUGGGGGAGAGGGACGAGUCUCUGUUUAAUACUGGAACAGUGGACCAGCCCAUUAUUAAUUUGGACAUUAUGUCAUAUCAUAAAGUGUUUAAGUAAAUGUCAUUUUAUUAGAACGUACAAAUGGAUGACCUGAAACUCAAUACGCUAGUGUUAGAGAUGGCUAAAACCUACAAAUAAUUGAUGUACAUGUUUUUAUGCUUGACUCUAAUUUAUGUGCACUUAAACUGCAAAGCUCGUCAAUAUAUGACGUAAUGAGUAUGUACACCAUCACACUCUCAAAUCAGCAUCGCCUUUUAUACAAAACUAUGAAACUGUAUAUGUCAUCACAUUAUAUACUAAACUAUGACACUCUAUAUAUGUCAUUAUCUUAUAUACUUUACUAUGAAACUCUUUAUAUAUCGUCACAUAAUAUACAUAACUAUGAAACUCCAUAAAUGUCACCUUUAGGCCCAUUGGCACAGUGUCCUGUUUCGAUAUCACGGGAGAGGCGGGGACAGUGAGGGAAGAGAUGGAAUUGAGGAAGGGGGGGGUGAAGAGAUCAGCGGGUAAGGGAGGAGAGAUGAGCGGGUAGGGUAGGAGAGAUCAGAGAGUAAGGGAGGAGACAUGAGAACAUUGUGUAGGAGAGAUGAGAAUGUGAUGUAGGAGAGAGGAGAGGAUAGUGUAGGAGAAAAGAUGAGUGGAUGGGGAGGAGAGAUGAGAGGAGAGAUACGGGGGUAUGAGAGGAGAGAUUAGAGAGUAUGGCAGUAGAGGUGAUGGGGUAGGGGAGGAAAUGGCGCUGUGGACUGUUGGACACGAUGUUAAGCUCGCAUUGAUCAGCCAAUUCCUUUCAAAGUAUAUUAACCUACAGGAUGAAUCUUCAGAAAAUAGUUCUCUUUCGGCCUGACAUGGGUUACGAUAAAAAGCCUACCUGAGUUUGAUGCAUUAGUUCACCCAGAGGCGUAUGUUGGAUUAGUUCAUCCAGAGGCACGUGGUAGAUUAGUUUAACCAGAGGCGUAUGUCAAAGUGAAGAAAGAGGGAGAGGCAGUGCGAUUAAACGGACAAAUAUUCCCCAUGUCAAACUUAGUGAGCGGUCUAUGAUAAAGAGAGAGGCGAUCCUCCCCAUUUCCAUUGAUGUAAACGCCACUGCAUUCACCUCGGAGGGCUUUUAGUUCACAGUCUUAUAAUUUAUGGACCUGGGGGGGGGGGAAGGACCAAUAAAAGCUUCUGUCUAAGACCCAAGACGUUAAACAUAGACCUUCUUAUACAACAUAACACAUUAGGGGGGGUUUUAGUUCACAGUGUUAUAAAUUAUGGGCCUGGGGGGGGGGGGGGAAGGACCAAUAAAAGCUUCUGUCUAAGACCCAAGACGUUAAACAUAGACCUUCUUAUACAACAUAACACAUUGUAAUGCGUUGUGUGUGUCUUAGAUACAUUGCAAAUAAAAUCACUUUUUAAAAAUCCAAUCCAACUUUUCAAAUGCGACAAACUCAAAUGACGUUCAACAUUUAAAGUCUGGCAGAAAAAAAUAAAAUAAAUAUCAACCAUAGAUGCGUAUCAAAAAUAAUAAUUACCCAGGUAUGGAGGUAAGUAUUGGGAUGCGCUUUGUCCAAUAGCUAAAAAAACUACAAUAUACCAGGUGUGCACCAAACACCUUGAAAAGAUGUGUUAUUUAUCCGAAUGUAAAAGUUAUGAAAAAAAAAAUAUCAAUAAAAGUAUGUUCUCAGAAUUGCAUCGUAAUCACAUUUAUCGGAAAAACCCCAACGUCUGUUUAUUUUUAGUGCCUGGUUAAUAAUUACGAAAUUAAAAAUAAAAUUAAUUUGAUUUAAAUAAAUACGCAAAUGACGUCAUAGCAUGAAUUGUAUGUUGUAGACUUGGCUCCAAGUUUCUUUGAUUUAAUAACCGUGCGUAACAAAGAUUAUAAUGUAUUUUCUCCAUCUUAAAAGUAAAAUUAAUAAACAUAAAUGAUUGCUUUUUAAAUUGCCCAAGUUUGCGUCGAUUAAAUACAACUUUAGCUUUGUCUUUUUAACAUUUAUUUUUUUCCUUCUUUUUAUUCAUUCCAAAAAUAGACGUUUAUAAAAUGUAUUAAGUAGUCAAACGUAAUCUUUAAAUAUAUAAUUCAAUAAGGAAACGCCGUUUGAUUCCAUCAGUGCAGCGAAACUGUAAAGCCUAGUAGCAUUCGCUAAUGCACUUGUCGCUCAUCCCAAUAAGAGCAAAGCACAUGAAAUGCAAAAAAUUGUUUUUGUGUAAGUAAGGGGGUUACGAUCCCAUGGAUGAUUUUAUUAAUUUAAAAAAAAACUUUUUGGUUGGGGGGGGGGGGGGCGGUUAUAAAUACUUUCAUUUGACAAAGACAACACAAGAUCCACCCCAGAAUGAAAUGCAGACAUAAAGGAUGACUUAUAGACAGACUGAUGGAUUGGAUGGCUUGAUGGAUUGAUGGAUUGAUGAAUGGAUAAAUGGAUGGAUGGAUGGAUAGACAGACUGACAGACUGACAGGACAGACAUGACAGACAGACAGACAGACAGACAGACAGACAGACAUAGCUUGACAGACAGACAAACAGACAGAAUGCUUCCUUUAGUAGUUGCGCCAAAGACAUCUUUUAUUUGAUAAACUAUAUCCAUUUACUGUAUAUUAAAAAUAAUUAUGUAUGUUUAAAUUCGGGCUUCUAUACCAUUCAUCCGAUAGCGAUAAAACUCCCCCCCCCCUUUUUUAUGAGCUAAAUAUAAUUUCCGUAUGCAUUCCUAUAUCACUUAUCGAAUUGCAAUAAAAAUUUGGUAAGUCUGUGCGCACGCCCGCAAAGGUUUCCGAAUUAGGUUUUCCAUUUUCAAAUAUUUCCCUGGGGGCCCGGGGCCUUAAAUUAUUUUUUUCUUACAUGAGCUACAGCAAUAUAAAUUCAAACAGAGCUGUUGCAUGGGUGGAUGCAAUUGAAUCAAAUACAAGCGACAUUUCAGUUUGUGUGACAUAAUAAGUAGGUUUCUGAAUUAGUGCAACAAUUUUACAAUUUUGCGUUUGUGGCAGAGGGUCUUAUUUUUUUAACAUUUUUAUUUUAUGCCAGCUAUAUAAAUAUAAUUUCAAACAGAGCUGCUGCAUGAGUGGAUCGUGUGGACUAAUUUAGAAAAUCCACGCUUCUCACGUGGACAGCUGUAUGUGGCCUGCUCACGUGGACAGCUGUAUGUGGCCUGCUCACGUGGACAGCUGUAUGUGGCCUGCUCACGUGGACAGCUGUAUGUGGCCUGCUCACUUGGACAGCUGUAUGGUGCCUGUUAACGCGUCGAAAAACCUUCUAGUUUAUUAGUGUACGCACCAGGCGUAUUAAGCUCAAAUCACGUAAGAAGCUCUGUUAACAUCUCGCUAAGAGUGUAAGCAUGAACAGAGCACUCAUCAAUUUCGCUGGGAGAGCAAGGACUCUAGAAAGCAUCAUAACAAUUUCUUCAAAACAUAUGCACCAACUGGGUGCCGAAAAUAAUCCUUCAGACAGGGAUAGCAAUAUUCCCGUAGAAUAAAUCGAAACAUGACAUAAUAGCAAUGCUCUAAAUGGAAUCCAGCGCAGUGGCGUAACCUGACUACAGCCACCCGGGGGGGGGGGAUGAGCUCCCAAAAUCCCACAAGACACGUAAUUAACAUAAUUUUAAAUAAAACAAAAAGAAAUAUGCUGCCUUAUUAGGUUAACCACUUCUCACCCCCCCCCCCAUGGCGCCCCUCCUGCACCAGUGAUAUGGCAUCGAUUCACUUUCCCCUAAUCGCCACGUGACACCAUAGAUAACCCAAUAGCUCCACAACACCCGGGGGGGGGGGAUGAGCUCCCAAAAUCCCACAAGACACGUAAUUAACAUAAUUUUAAAUAAAACAAAAAGAAAUAUGCUGCCUUAUUAGGUUAACCACUUCUCACCCCCCCCCCCAUGGCGACGCUACUGCACCAGUGAUAUGGCAUCGAUUCACUUUCCCCUAAUAGUCACGUGACACCAUAGAUAACGCAAUAGCUGCACAAUGUCAAUCAAUACCAAUAAAUUGUUGACUUAGUUCAACACGAGGCAGUAGUACAGAAUCCCGGAACAGAAUGCUUACUUUGAGACUUGAAGCCAUUGCCUUCAACGGUAAAUCAGUUUGUUAGAUAUUUUUUUUAUCUUGACUUAGUAGUGGACUUUAUGGUCAGUGACAUGAAACUUGUGGCAAUUAAAACCUGCGCCAGAGACAACUAAAUUUAGGCGCCCUCUUCCUAAAAAACACAUUUUGCAUGAAAAGUAACGAUCUUAGCGCCCUUUGACGAUGGCGCCUGGGGUGCGUGCCUCCUUUAACCCUGUUAGAGUGGCAUAACUCAUGGUAAUAUUAGCUACAAGGGGAGGAUUUAUGAAAGGAAGGUAAUUGAUAACUAUGAAGAGAGACCCAAAGAAUAUAAAACGAUCAGUGAAAAAUAGUUCUCUCUCCCUUCAUAUAUAUAUAUAUAUAUAUAUAUAUAUAUUUUUAUAUAUAUAUAUAUANUUUUUUUUUUUUUUUGUUUUUUUUAUUUUUUACAUCACCGAUAACUUUCUAAGUUUUUGAAUCCAGAUUUACUAGUAGACCGUAUCUUUUGCCUUCCUGGUGUGUCCUCUCUACUGUAACCGACAGGGAAAACUAAGGCCCCUAACGCCGGGCCAUUCAACCGUUGUACCAUAUCUCACGCCGGGCCAUUCAACCGGUAUACGGUAUCCGGUCGUUAUGUUUGUUUUGUCGAGCCGUUCAUGUCGGAACAUAAAAAAAAAAUUAUAAUAAAAAAUUUCGAUAGAUUUUCCAAAAAUCAAAAUUAGAUUCAUGGUUUCUUUAGAGAUUUCUACUUCCUUAAUCUAACCUGCAACCUCCAACUCCAUCUUGAGUGGUAUUCGGUGUAUUACCGCGGAGCUAAACCCAGUGGCGUAACUAAGCUCUGGCGCCUCCCCAGGGCUGGUCAAGCUUUUUGCCGCCCUCGACCCCAUCCUUGAGAAAAAAAAACUUUUCCGUCUGCCAAAAAUGCCGCCUAUGCAUAUAAAGCUAAAAGAGCCGCCAGUGGACCGCCCCUCCUCACCCCCCCCUCACCGCCCUGACCUAUUCCCCUGACCCCAGCAUAAACACCCCUCACGCUCCUAAGGGCAGGCUGAACUGCAUUGACUUCAUCUAGAGAAAGGAAAACUGAUGUUACAGAACCCUAUAUCAAAUCAAUGGAUUGGCACAGACGAUUUACCUUGUCCAACAUCUCUGCAACUGUAUUGUCAUAAGAUGGAAGCAAAUGAAAUGACAUCCUGUCGAGUGAUCGCGUUUCUAAAAUAAAAUGCGUAACGUGUUAAACAAUUUAAAAAAAAAAAAUAUUCUUUAAGAAGUUUUAAGCUUUUAAUACAUUUCUUUAGAUCGUGUGAAAAUAAAAUAAAAUAAAAUAAAUCCCUCAAAAAUGUACUUACAAUUAUUUAUUAGAUAAAUGACAUGGAUAGUAGCUAGAUCUUUGUUGUUGUUUUUUUUUUUUUUUUGAAAUGAAGAAGAAAGAAAACAAAAACACUUUUCCUAAAAAAAAAUGAAGCUCGACCUGAUGAGUUGUUUAGACUUACAAUGACGAAUACAAACAAGUUGUUUGCUUGAACCUCCUGGUCCAAAGGCCAAUAGCUGCACAAAUUAUUUAGAAAACGUGCUAAUUUUUCUUCACAUUUUCAAAUCUAGCCUACGGCACUAGAAAAUUCCGAUUUUUUUAAAAACAAUGUGCAACAGUUACUAUUUUGGGGCGAUCCAAUUAUAUCCUCAGCAGGGCGAUGUUGUGUGUCAUAAGUGGUGAGAUGUCUGUCAUUGAGAAGAAUGUUUGGGAAGUGUUUUUGAUAGUUGAGUUCCCGAGAUUGUGUAGGGUGGAAGAAACGCAUUUCUGGCCAUGGGGAAAAUGUCUGGAUACGUAGAUCCGGGUGGUCAAGGAAAGUGUUUGGGAUGUAAAAAGGUUUAAUCAGUUGUCGCGGGUUGUUUGUUCUCCGUCGGGACUUCACCGAGACAAAACUAACACAUCAUUAGUCAGUCGAUGGACGCACCACGGUGUGGCCCUGAGCUGGCAACGUACGUCACUGCCACUGAACGCUCUCUCAGGCAUAUUGUCUGCUUUUGCAAAUGGGAUAUGACCCUGGAAGUCGAUUUUCCCAUGCUUCCCUCUAACGGUUCUUAUGUUACCAAGUUGACGCCUCGUGAGGGUAAAUACCAAAGGCGGCGCCCUUUUGAAACGUGUGGGGCUUUAAAACUACGUUCAUGAAAUGUAUUGCUGUGUCAAUGUCAUGAAGGGCCGGUUGUGAAAAGGAAGCAGCCACACCAGAUGCAAAAUAUAUAUUAGAGAUUUUUUUGUAUGAGAAGUAGAUAAAAUAAAAUUACCUGCUAAAUGCGAAAACGAUUUGAGUGUUUGAGAGGGCAUUGUUGUGAUAGGCUAUAAAUGAAUGAAAGUUUGAUGGAAACAUGGAUACAUGAAUACAUAAAUGGGGAAUAGCUGAGAAAGGCUAGUUCAUGUUCCGUUUAAAUCAUUCACAGGAUUAUGGAGAUGUUCGGGUUGACCAGGGCUUUGCUUGUCAUGUGCGCCCUGGGUGGGGGCGUCUUUGAACUGACGGGGGGAAUCCAAGGCGCAGACACUGUUAGACUCUGCCCCAAGGCCCAGCAAGGGAGAUCAUACGUCUUCGAGUGUUCAGGGACAACUGCAAGUACUGACAGGUGAGCGAACCAUGCCGUACUUUAACGGGAGGUGAACACAUUAAACUAUUACCUGAAAUUAACGGGAGCGGAGCAAAUUAAAAAUUUUCCAUGACAUUAAAGACAGUUGAAAAAUGUUAAAGUAUUCACUAAAAUUAACGUCAGGUGAACACAUUGAAAACUCCCUCAUUUCCAUGUUUCAUCCUAAUGCCACAUUUCAUCUCACUGCCAAGUUUCAUCUCACAGCCAAGUUUCAUCUCACUGCCAAGUUUCAUCUCACGGCCAAGUUUCAUCUAACUUCUAAAUGAAUUUCAUCUCACUUCUAAAUGAAUUUCAUCUCACUUCUAAGUUUCAUCUCACUUCUAAGUUUCAUCUCAUUGUAAUGUUUCAUCUCACUUCUAAGUUAGUUUCAUCUCACUUCUAAGUUAGUUUCAUCUCACUUCUAAGUUAGUUUCAUCUCACUUCUAAGUUAGUUUCAUCUCACUUCUAAGUGUCAUCUCGCGUCUAAGUUAGUUUCAUCUAUCUCACUUCUAAGGUUCAUCUACUGGCAAGGCAGUCACAACAGUACAUUGUUUGAAAUCGGGCGAUGCUAUUUUGAGGACACAAUCUGCAAGACUGACGACCCGGCCAAAUUCAACAUCACCAAUUUACCAGAUGGUCGCGAGUUUAAGAGCUUACUGAUCUUUCGGAACGUUUCGGAAUCCGACCGGGACAUGAUCAUCAACUGCAGUGUCUGGGACAUAGACUACUCGGAUGAGAAAGAAGUGGUUGACGCGUGCCGUCUGACUCUCUUCAAUCCGGGGGAAAAAUCCGUUGUUCUGGGGAAACCAGAAAAUCAACUUAACUGCGUGUCCGGCACGGAGAUAUCGUACAAGAUCAACUGCUCCGCGAAUAUGUUCACGACCGAUCCGGAUAUAAGCCUGUACGUCGGCGACGUCAAGCAGAAGGACGGAUCUUCAAUGUCAAGCACGGAGAUACAAGGCGGGAAGAGGUAUUAUUGGAGGACCACGUUGUUCGUUCUUACGUUGAAUCAAAGCGACCAGGGGAAGGCGAUCAGAUGUAUGGCCACCGAGAAGCUGCCCAACAGCCCGCCUUUAAUUGACCAGUUUGACAUACGUCUCCCUCAGAUUACGAGACAGCCAUACUUCACCAACUCCUCGGGAGUCGCACAAGAGAGGAUGAUGACCCUCGGGAAAGGUCAGAAUGAGAGAAUCGAAUGUGUUUCCCCCAUGUCUACCAUCUACAUCACGUGUUCCGGGGCGGGAGUGCAGCCCGUGACGCAGUCCUGGACCCAAUCCGACUCGGCGUCCCUGACACUGAAUGGCAGCAAGAUAAACAACAAUGCCAUCUGCUACUGCCAGACAUCUUACCGAGGCCAAUGUGCCAACGUCACGACCUAUCUGAUCAUCUCAUCCCCAGGGUCCGGCUCAGCUAAAAACUCUCCUAACUUUGCCAAAUGGUCUCCUUUAUUUUACGUCCUGGCGGCGGUUAUUUCUCUUAUCUUCGUGACGAUUAUUUUGGGAGCUUCCGUGUAUUUUUACAAGCACUGGAAAAAGCUGGGCUUUUGCCCACUCGAAAAACCGAACCACUACGAUUAUAUUGACCCCAAGCCCGAAGGGGGCUAUAAAUACCAAAACGUUGCCCCGAAAGACUCGGAAAGCCACAUUCAGAGGGAAAGCUCAGUAAGCAGUGACGGUGGCGGUGUCUUCCAGUCCAACUUUUCUGGGCCCCCAAUCGACCUCCGUCAACCCGAUGCUUCAUGGGAACCAAAACCAGGGUUUGGGGACGACUGCGUCACACGGUGCGUCUCCUUUCACCAGAACGACCCCGCCCCUCCACGCUGCGGACUUCCGGCUAAGGAAACGAGUGGGAGAGAAGCCACAAGCAAAACUAGUCCGGAAGACGAUCGAACGUACGUGGAGCCCGUGGACGUGUACGAAACGAACAUCCCUUCUGAGCCGUCUUUAGGGGCGGUCGGCAUGACAUCAGGGGACCAGUAUGGGACAGACGAGGCUGCAGACGACACGAGCCACCCUCCCAAUGACCUUUCCCUGGGACCGGAUCCAAGCCGUGGCAGUGAAUGGACGUACACAAAUUGUUUCAGCGACGUAUCCAACGACUACAACGUGAACCCAGAGCUUGAGAACCUGUAUAUUGAGCCGUCCUCGAGGGCCUCGUCUGUGGACGACGUCAACAGGGCCGAAGAGGAGUAUUUGAUAAACCUCCUGAAGCUUGAUGCUGAAGCUUAGUGGCAUUAUGCGCAUAGUUUGAAGGUUCGGUGCUAUAUCCAUAGCUAGAGGAAGCAUGGCCUGCAGAAUAUUAGAGGCACAUUAGGACAAUGUGUGCUAGAUUCACGUAAGAAUAUUUUGAUGUCAUCCUGGGUGGUAGAGGCACAUCAGAACAAUUAGAUGCCCGACACCAUGACAAAGGCACAUUAGGACACAUGAUGACCUCCUGAGUGUUGCGAUCCCUUGGUGCCCUGCAGACAAGUAAACAUGGUAUAACUUGGUGCCUUUUUCAGUGACAGAGGGGCAUUUAAAUCAUUUAAUGAUGCCCUCCGGAGGGCUAGAAGCACAUUGAGACAGUAUAGUUCCCCUAUAUGGCUAGUAAAAUCAGCCUUAUUCUAUUCGGAGGGAGAGUCCUAUGUUAGAAACAUGUUGUAUGGGUCAGCUCAGCAGAUGGAGCUGGUGGCCCAUUUCCUAGCCGGGGUCUUAAGAGAGUAAUCUCAGACCUUCACCAGAAAUGUGUGUUAGUUAGUUCCCCUGAGAGGAACAGGCAGAUUUAAAUCUCUUGGUGCCCUCCAGAUUGCCAAAGAAACCUUGUGGGUUAGACAGUUCUAGAAGGACUUUGAAAUAAUGGGGAGCCCUUCAUGAUGCUAGAAUGACAUGAUGUCCUUCACAUUAUUAGGACCUUUGGGGCGUAACACAACUUCGCGUCAUAAUAAGUGAAUUACUUUUGUCUGUCCCUCAUUUGGACGUUAAUUGAACUGUACGGAAAAGAACCCAUAAAUGGAUAAACAUAUGUUUGUCAGAUUCAUUUCCAUAAUUAUCCAGCUCAAUGGAAUAUUUGUUUUUUUAAAUGUUGGUCACCCUAUUACAGAAGGCAUUGCUUCGGUACAUUAAGACGACAUAAUAGCAUUAUACUAGAGUGCAAUUUGAUGAAGUCAUUGUUUGAUGAAGUUCAAUAAUAUUUACAAGGUCUCCUGACAGCUUAUAUACAAUGUAUUUAAACAAAACUAUGCAAUCCUUGUUCAAAUCAAUUUUAUCAUAGACAAGUCAGUCCAAGUCAUUUUCAUCAUAGACUGUCCAAGUCAGUUUCAUAUUAGACAGUCAAGAGAUUCAUCUCGUAGACCAAUUUUCAACAUGGUAAAAACAAUUAUGGGCUGUAAUGAUUACGAUCGCACCAAAAUCGUAGUGCCACGAGUACUGUCUUAAGACAAUACUGACUGUAAAGGAGGUAGCGAUGGAUUUAUCUCCACAAUCAUCACAAUCAUCUGUAAAUUGAAUGCUAUCAAAAUCAUAGGUGUAUUGAGUGCUAUCUUACCACAAUCAUAACAAUUAUGAUUGUAAUUAGCGCUAAUUUGCCACAGUUGCGACGUCGUCCUUUGACUCCAUGUUCAAUGUUUGGAAGAGCUGCUCUUUUUUUAAACAGGUGAAUCUCGGCAUGAGAGAAAGUGAAAGUCGGAUAUCUCAAACAUAAAACGCAAGUCUUUUAGCGUACAAUAUUUGGACUAAAAAGUCAUUCUGCUGAAAGAAUAAACAUAAUAAGUUUAGAAAAGAGGUUUUUCCCUGGCCUGUCCCGGCCAGACUUUGAUUUCUGAAAACAAAAUCUAUUUUAAUGUUAUUUUUUAAAACGUCUAUUUCCGGCUUGUUUUAUAGUUGUAGUUGCAAUUGCAAUCCUGUUGUUCGCUCCCCCACCAGUGCAUGGGGCAUCCUGUACAUAGCCCCCGACCCCCCCUCCCAACCGGUGCAUUGGACACAGACACAUCCUGUACUAGGCCCCCCCCCCCACCGGUGCAUUGGACACCAACACAUCCUGUAGUUCGCUCCCCUACCGGUGCAUGGGACAUCCUGUACUUAGCUCCCCCUACCGGUGCAUUGGAGACGGGCACAUUCUUUCCGAUCAAUUCCAUUGUUGUUGUUUCCCGCUCUGUUUGCAGACUUCCCUUUUAAUUUAACCCGUGGUCUUCCCCCGUCUUUCUAUGGGUCUGUGGAUUCCAGGACAGAAUGAUAAAAGUUAUAUUUGAGUUUGCAAGGUGAAUGUAGAACCCAGCUCUUUCCAUCUCAGCAUGGUAUGCUCCCCGGGAUCACGUCAAAAUCCUCCCCCAACCCCCCCCCCCACACACACCUUCCCACAUGGUCGUUCUAUUUCGGAUCUUUUUAAAACCAUUUUAUAUGAAGGGUUACACACAGACGAUAUCCAAAUGCAGCGAUUCUCAGCCUGUGGGUCGCGACCCCUUUGUGGGUCGAAUGAAACUUACACAGUGGUCACCGAAGAUCAUCGGAAAACACGUAUUUAUGAAGUAGCAACGAAAAUAAUUUAAUGGUUUUGGGGAGCGGGGUGCUCACAAUAUAAGGAACUGUAUUAGAAAUUUUGAGAACCAUUAGCUUAAUGUAUGCUUUUUUUAUUUAAAGAAUGAAGUAAUUCUGUUGCAGAGCUCCAAUGGCUUAUCUAAUCGUUAGAUGAACAUGGGUGAAUAUUUGGUGAGCUUUACUGACGAGGAUAGAACAACUUUAUUUGUAUAUCAUUUAUAUUCAUAUAUGUUUAUUUAUAAAUAUAUGUCGUGCCAUUCAAACGCUCUCCUAACAAAGGUGUACGCAAGCCCAUUGUGUACUUCAGCUCAUUGUGAACACCAGCUCAUUGUGUACACCAGCUCAAUGUGUACUUCACCUCAUUGUGUACAUCAGGUCAUUGUCUCCAUCAGGUCAUUGUCUCCAUCAGCUCGUUGUGUACAUCAGCUUAUUGUGUACAUAAUAUAAUUGUAUAUACAGCUAAUAGUGUACACCAGCUUAUGGUUUACAUCAGCUCAUUGUGUGCACCAGCUCAAUGUGUACAUAAGCUCAUUUUGUACACCAGCUCAUUGUGUACACUAGCUCAUUGUGUACAUAAGCUUAACUAAAAACAAAUAAGCUGAAAUGGUCAAGGUCGCCCCUACUCAAGCCCAAGUUUCAAAGAAUGAUGAAAGAUAUACAUACAAGUUUCAAAGAAUGAUGAAAGAUAUACAUACAAGUUUCAAAGAAUGAUGAAAGAUAUACAUACAAGUUUCAAAGAAUGAUGAAAGAUAUACAUACAAGUUUGAAAGAAUGAUGAAAGAUAUACAUACAAGUUUGAAACAAUGAUGAAAGAUAUACAUACAAGUUUGAAAACGAUCAUAUAUAUCUUUAAACAUGAUGGUAUGUUAUAGAUGGUGUGAAUGAAAAUUAUGGUAUGUUAUGGAUUGGUGUAAAAUAAAUAAGUAUGUUGCAGAUUGGAGUAAAAUAAACAAGAUUGGUAUGUUGUAGAUUGGAGUAAAAUAAAAAUGAUGGUAUGUUAUAGAUUGGUGUAAAAUAAACAUGUUGUGUUAUAGAUUAGUGUAAAAUAAACAAUGAUAUGUUAAAGAUUGGUGUAAAAUAAAUAUGAUAUCAUGUUUUAGAUUGGUGUAAAAUAAAUAAGAUGGUAUGUUGCCGGCACCCACUUGAUGGCCCGCGAAAUAACGAAAUAUUUUGUAUUGUUAUUCUUUUCUUAAUAGCUUUCCCUCCGUCCUACUCCUCUUUCAACCUGUAUCAGCUUUUCAUAAAAUAUUAUGGCCCGCACAAGUUUUUCAUAAAGUAUUACGGCCCGUCCUACAUUUUGAGUUGUGCAGGCCUGUUAUAGAUUAUGGGAACUAAACAUAAUCGUAUAUUAUGAUGUGAAAUAAAAAUGAUAAUAUGUGUUGAUGUGAAAUAGACAUGAUGGUAUGUGUUGAUGUGAAAAACACAUGCUCGUAUGAUGGUGUGCUACGCAUAUGAUGAGCAAUAAAGGUGACAGGUUUUGGAAUUCUCUUUGUUGAAUGUUGGAUGUAUAACAAAAAUGUUUUUGC